CCUCCCCAAACGGUCUCGUCGGUCUUGAGGACCUCUUCUCUUCUGGUGCGGCCAUCUUUUUCCUGCUCCAGCUUCACUCUCUUCCUCUCUCUAUAAACACUUACCAACUCGCCCCUCUCUGACCUAUUCUGUAUCAUCCCACUCUCCGAGCAUUGUCGCGUCCAUCCUUAACCUAUCCUCAACAUCUGUUGCGAACUUGAUCCAACAAUUGUCUCGCUGGGAAGAAAGCCACCAGACCAUGACCGCUUAGCUUGCACUGCCAUUAUCUGCCCCUGAACGUUGAGAGAAGCAUCGCUCUUCUCCCGCGCUAUAAGAACAUCAUCUCAAGAGCCGCUGGUUCCUCAGUUAACUCCUCACGUUUCGCCCCGCCGUUGUUAUUGUUUUGCGCCAUUGUUUGGGUGAUCAAAUUCCCGCAACAACAAUGACCGGAUCAGGCGCUGGCUAUGGCCAGGUUAUUGAGUAUAUUCAAGAUCGACUCUACCUGGCUUCCUACGACCACCCUCCCGAUGCGAAAACCCCGUUUCCCUACCCCGCUGAGCAGCCAAAGUCUCCUAGCAAGCGCCGAGCCAAUCCCCCUACUCCGAGCAGCAAAAAGCGAAGCCCCGUGUAUUUCACAGUCGAUGAUACCCUUCUCUACAAUUCCUUCCAUGCAGACUUUGGCCCACUUCAUAUCGGCCAUUUGUACCGGUUUGCGGUUCAUUUCCAUGAUCUACUAGGUGAUCCUGCGAACAAUGACCGGGCAGUUGUUUUCUAUUCGAGAACCGACGCUCGAAGCCGAGCAAAUGCGGCAUGCUUGGUCGCCUGUUAUAUGGUUCUGAUUCAAUCUUGGCCACCUCACCUAGCACUAGCUCCUAUUGCCCAAGCAGACCCACCAUACAUGCCAUUCCGCGAUGCUGGAUACAGCCAGGCCGACUUCAUUUUGAACAUCCAGGACGUUGUGUAUGGUGUCUGGAGAGCCAAGGAGCAAGGGUUGUGCGGAUUGAGAGACUUCAGCCUCGAAGAGUACGAAAAGUUCGAACGUGUUGACAUGGGAGACUUCAACUGGAUUAGCCCUCAGUUCCUCGCUUUCGCCUCUCCUCAGCACCAGCCAGUUGCGCCAAUUCCUCGCGACACACCGGAGUAUGCCGCGCUUCCUUCAACCAUCUCGGAAGUCUUUUCUUCUCGACUACCUCUUCCUUUCAAGAAUGUCCUGGCACAUUUUGCCUCUCGCAAUGUGGGGCUCGUUGUACGUCUUAACUCCGAACUAUACUCGCCAUCCUAUUUUACCGCCAUGGGAAUAUCCCAUAUCGACAUGAUCUUCGAGGACGGCACUUGCCCUCCGCUACCACUGGUCAAGAAAUUCAUCAAAAUGGCACACGAAAUGAUCACGGUAAAGCACAAAGCUAUUGCUGUCCACUGCAAGGCUGGUCUGGGUCGCACAGGCUGUUUGAUCGGUGCCUAUUUGAUCUACCGAUACGGAUUCACGGCAAAUGAGGUCAUUGCGUUCAUGCGAUUCAUGCGCCCAGGAAUGGUAGUCGGCCCGCAACAACACUGGCUUCACCUUAACCAGGGCUCCUUCCGCGAGUGGUGGUUCGAGGAUUCAAUGAAGGAGAAGCUUGCUCAAAUGCAGCCGAGCCCGGUCACUCCAGGCCGAUCAUCUGUCAAGCAUCGGACAGCCAACGGGGCCGUUACGACACCGCCGAACAAUAACCAGUCGAAGCGCGCUGCACUCGGAGAGAUUGACCGCAAUGAAGGAACUGCAGUCUAUAACGACGAGAAUCUGCCAGCGCCCACUCCGGGGCAGCCUCGAAAGUCCCACCGGAAAGACUCGCGUCAUCAUCCUUACUCGCGUACGACCUCUGGCAGUAUCGUGAUUGACAAGGAUGCUAAAGCUAGCGAGCACAAGAGUCACAGGCUCAGCACCGAGAGCAGUGAGAGCGAAGAGGAGGCUCAGUUGCGCAUGCUUGCCAAGCGCUCAUCGAGAUCACCAGUGGCAUCUCCCGGCCAACGAUCAGUUAGCUACUCGGCGACCCUCACUGCCAGUUACACACUCAACGACGACAUUCAUGAAGACAGAGAAAACUGGGGUAGUGCUACAACCAGUGCGCCUAAAACACCAGUCAGCAGCAAGUCUGGGAGCGGGGUCGUCUCAGUGACCAAAGUUCGGUCUAGCUCUCGCCGAGUCACUACUGAGAGUCGAAGCGACUCGAAGGGUAUCCGAAAGCCCAGUGGCCGCAUCGGUAGCACUGGAAGUCCUACGCGAGUGAAGGGGUAAAUGAUCUGGAAUCCACGAAGCUCCUGAGCACUUUUGGGCCCUGGAUACGAUAACAUUCUCACAUUACUUUUUUUUAUCGCUGCUUGACAUGUUGCUCGCUUUUGCCGCGCUAUUGCCCGUCGGCUGAGAGAUAAUCUUGCAUAGUCUUCGCUGUCGUUAUUAUACCUUCUGAUUCCUUGGUCUGGCUUGGUGGUUUUGCGGUUUGGUCUCGGUCUCCGGCGUCUGGUUGGACUGUGGUUAGCUUGCUGUUUUUGAGACCCUUGAUAGUUGAGAAGGAGUCGUAUUUGUAUGUGGAUAUUCAUAUACGAGCUACGUUGACAUGACAAUUCACUUGGUUAAUGCCGUUCCAGUCCACCUGGCACCUCCGUAGCGUUAUCCUUAUUGGGUUAGGCCGAUUUCGCAAUCAUCGGUCGUGCCUGCCGAAUUCGGUCCGGUUCUGGAUCACGAAGUCACAGAUUCACAACUCGAAAUACACUUGUCAACCCAGCUCUUGUCCGAAUACCCCAGCCAACCCAGCUCCCCGUAUAGACACGAACAUGGGCCGCUGCGGCUUGGACAGAGCGCAGCCCGUAUCUACCCCCUCAUGACAGAGUCGAUUCCUGCAGUCCGCCGCAACGGGCUGCUACAAUCCUGCGAGCCGUGUCGCAAAUCGAAACUCAAGUGCGAUCAUGCAAGGCCAGUCUGCGGUAGAUGCACUGCCAAGAAUCGCACUCAGGGGUGCUUUUAUCAUCCUGCGCCCAUGACGAAGCAGGCCACCGCAAGUCAGACCCGUCCAGUCAAAAGGCCAAGAACAGAAUCUUCGAACUCCAGCCCGUCAUCUGUCUCUGCAGCGGAAUUUCCUGGGCUUCGCGUCACUUCGCAACCGCCAUCAGUCACUCCAGGCUAUCUAGGGUCAACAAGCUUUUCGGCUGUUUUUAGCGAGCAUCGCACGGACAUCUCAUUCGAAGAAGACAAUGCCGCCAAUAGCGGAGCUUUGGCGAAGCCUUUAGAUCGUUUUCGCCUUCAGUCUGCCUUGGAAGUGUUGAAGUUUCUUCAUCAAAGCACGAUAUGCGAUAGCUUAAUCCGACAAUUUUAUGCUGGGCACUUGAUGGCCGCUGUCUCGAAUAUCAUCAUGGAAGCUAUUUUGCAAUCUCUUCGACGGGUACUGGACAGCCUUGACCCGGGCCUGAACUUUGAAUCCCAGCUUCAGAAUCUAGCGUACCAGAUCUUUCGGAGCUCAGCUCAUCCUUUGACGGCGCAUAGUUCCAUGACCGUUGAGGAGUACUGUGCGUCGUUCACGGGCGAAAACUUGCGAUGGGAGGCUGUGGGUAUUAUUCUAGCUACAUCUGGGAUUGCCUUGUUGUCCUCUUCAGAGAGCGACCCUGGUCUUAUCAGAGUAGCUCCUGAUGCUCAGGCUAGAGACCUGCUCCAGGCUCAAGUGAUCGAAGCGAGCAGUAUCUGCCUUGGGUUCUGUGAUACCUCGACCUCAGUAAACGAGCUUCUCGGAUUCUAUCAGUAUAAUGACAUGCUCCUGAGGACCCAAUAUUAUGGAGACACAAG